GCAAACCCUAAAAAUAACUCAAUUCCUUGCAAUCACAAAAUCCCCAUCCACAAAACAAUAAAAAAUUGUUGGGACUAACUUUAGACAAUUUUGGUCCAGUGAAAGCCUCAAGCCUUUUUUACAACUCACUCCAUCAAAAUUUUUUAAUUUUACAGUUCGAUACCCCAAAAAAUCCCACCUUUUUAUAUACCACUCAUUCCCCCUUCUUCCGUAUUUUCUACUCCAACCCCAUCAAUUUCUCCUUUUCCGCACUUUCCCUCUGUUUCCCAAGAAAAACUAGAGAAAACCCAAUUCAAGAACAAGAAGAAAACUCGAUUUCCAGGUAGAAAUGAGAGAAAUCCUCCACAUCCAAGGUGGCCAAUGCGGUAACCAGAUCGGAGCUAAGUUCUGGGAGGUGAUUUGCGACGAGCAUGGCAUUGACAACAUUGGAAAGUACAGCGGCGACUCUGAACUUCAGCUUGAGCGUAUCAAUGUUUAUUAUAACGAGGCCAGUGGUGGCAGAUACGUGCCUCGUGCCGUUCUCAUGGAUCUGGAGCCUGGUACCAUGGAUUCCGUUAGAUCUGGUCCUUUUGGGCAGAUCUUCAGGCCUGAUAACUUCGUUUUUGGACAGUCUGGGGCAGGGAAUAACUGGGCUAAAGGACAUUACACUGAAGGGGCUGAAUUGAUCGAUUCUGUGCUUGAUGUUGUCAGGAAAGAGGCUGAGAAUUGUGAUUGCUUACAGGGAUUUCAAGUUUGUCAUUCAUUGGGUGGAGGCACUGGUUCUGGCAUGGGAACUCUUCUUAUUUCCAAGAUCAGGGAGGAGUAUCCUGAUCGGAUGAUGUUGACAUUUUCGGUCUUUCCUUCUCCUAAGGUAUCUGACACAGUUGUUGAGCCAUACAAUGCAACUCUUUCUGUUCAUCAGCUUGUGGAGAAUGCUGAUGAAUGUAUGGUCUUGGACAAUGAGGCUUUGUAUGACAUCUGCUUCCGUACUCUGAAGCUUGCUACUCCAACUUUUGGUGAUCUUAACCACCUGAUAUCUGCUACAAUGAGUGGUGUUACUUGCUGCCUUCGUUUCCCUGGACAGCUUAACUCUGAUCUUCGGAAGCUUGCAGUUAAUCUUAUCCCAUUUCCUCGCCUUCAUUUCUUCAUGGUUGGGUUUGCUCCCUUGACUUCAAGAGGAUCACAGCAGUACCGGGCUCUGACCGUGCCUGAACUAACCCAGCAGAUGUGGGAUGCUAAGAACAUGAUGUGUGCUGCUGACCCACGUCAUGGUCGCUAUCUAACUGCUUCAGCUAUGUUUCGUGGUAAAAUGAGCACUAAAGAGGUUGAUGAGCAAAUGAUAAACGUCCAGAACAAGAACUCUUCAUACUUUGUUGAGUGGAUACCCCACAAUGUUAAAUCCAGUGUAUGUGACAUCCCACCUAAGGGUCUCAAGAUGGCAUCAACUUUUAUAGGAAAUUCAACUUCAAUCCAAGAGAUGUUCAGGCGUGUCAGCGAGCAAUUCACAGCCAUGUUCAGGCGCAAGGCUUUCUUGCACUGGUAUACUGGUGAGGGUAUGGAUGAAAUGGAAUUUACGGAGGCUGAGAGUAACAUGAAUGAUCUGGUGGCUGAGUACCAGCAGUAUCAAGAUGCAACGGCUGAUGAGGAGGAGUAUGAGGAGGAAGAAGAGGAGAUUCAUAGUUGAGGUGGGUUGAAUGUAUAUAUGUUUUUUUUUUUUUCAGUUAGUCUGAAGUUAUGUGUGAUUGUGCUUCUUUUGUUAAGUGGUCAAAAUCAAAUUGACUUGAUGUGUAUGAUUAUGGGUCCUUGUAGCCGCAAUGGAUUUUUCCUUUUUUAGUCUGCUUUUGUUUUAAAUUUUAAUGAAGUUUGUUUUUGUAACUAGUAGAUGGUGUUAUGAAUUGACUGGUGAGACAGGCUAUUGACA